UCUUAGCUUGGCAUAUGGCUGCCAUGGUCAUGGCGCUAUGGGUGGCUUUCAGUUUCCCUCUCCUUGCUUGUGGACAUCUUGUUCCGCAAGAAGUCCGGUCUGUUGCUUAUGGAGUUUCUGUCUUGACAACCAGUGGCAGUGUUAGAGGCUGGUAUGGGGGCGACACCACAGAUGUAGCCAGCGACCUGGAGUAUGAUGUGAUCAACAUCACCAACAACGAGUAUACCUUUGGCGCUCUGAAAUCAGAUGGAAGCGCUGUCUUUUGGGGCACCUCCGGUUGGGCAGCAAUUCCUGGUGACGCUGAGAAGGCGAAAUUGACAUCUGGGUGCAGCAAGAUCGUGGGAGGCUACAGAAGUUUUGCGGUGCUCAAGGAUGAUGGUACCGUAGUGUGGUUUGGGAAUCUCUUUUAUCACAGUUCGUUCGCUGGGGUUGAAUUCGCAGAUGUCGAGUCCAGCUUGACUAAUGUCGUCGACCUCUUCGCCACGCUUGAUGCCUAUGCUGCGCUGAAACCGGACGGUAGCAUUGUCACUUGGGGGGUAGAUUCGCGUGGUCAGGAUACAACAUUCCAGGGAGACCAAUCAGCCGAUCUCAGCUUGGGCGUUUCCACUAUGGCAGCCACCGACUAUGCAUUCGCAGCACUGUUGACAACAGGUAAAGUCAUUUGCUGGGGCAAUAGCCAAUAUGGCGGGACCAUCCCCGCUGACAUUGUGUCCGCUUUGUCUGCAGAUGUCGUCUCCGUCACCGUGCUGGACAGCACCGAAACAACUUACCGGCAGCACUUCAUUGCCACGAAAUCGGAUGGCACUACAGUCCUGUGGGGUGGUUACUGGGACAGAUACAUUGGAAAGAUUUAUAGCAACUUCAAAUCCGUGGCCAUAACCAAUUAUGUGGUGGCUGUGCUCUUCACCGACGGCACGGUGGAAACCCAGGGCAACUCGGCGUAUGGAGGCGAUGCCAGCACUGUCUAUGCCACGGAAUUGGUCACCGAUGCGAACGUGGAGAGCAUCAGAGUGACGGGAUCAGCCCUUGCUGCUUUGAAAUCCGACGGCAGCGUUUUUGCUUGGGGUCACUCCAGUGCUGGUGGUGACACCACUGCUGUGGCCAGUCAGUUGACAAGUGGUGUGUCUUCGCUGUACAGCCAUCGCUUUUCUUUCUCUGUUUUGAAGACCGAUGGGAGCGUGGUGGCCUGGGGGUAUGAUGGCCGCGGGAAUGGCGUUGGAACUGCAGAUGUGUCCAGUGGCGUGGUAGCUGUCCAUUCCGUCCUGUUGAAUAUGCACGAACAUGGCGCGAUGUAUGCUGUAAAAUCAGUUUCUCGCUGGUGUUUCAAACCCUUUCCCAAUCAUUUCUGA